GUUAGGUUGGGUCUAACAAUCAAUUAAGCUAAUAUAUCUCAUCACGAGGUUACAUAUAUUGGGCCUAAUUAUAAGCCCAAUAGUAGGUCCGACACAUUAACCCUAAAGAACAAACAUGUUAUAAAAUUGGCAGCUUUAAAAAAAAACAGGACAGAACGCCGUCGCUAACACAGCACGCAGUCACCUUCUCUGUUGUCUCAUCGCAAUCAUGAUUAUGUCAGAGGAGAACCGCCGCGCAAUCUCCAAGUACCUCUUCCAAGAGGGAGUUCUGUUUGCGAAAAAGGAUUUCAAUUUAGCGCAGCAUCCUUUGGUCGAAGGAGUCCCGAAUCUGCAAGUAAUCAAAUUGAUGCAGAGCUUCAAGUCUAAGGAGUACGUGCGUGAGACGUUUGCAUGGAUGCAUUACUACUGGUUUCUCACUAACGAAGGCAUUGACUUUCUGAGGACUUACCUCAAUCUCCCUUCUGAGAUUGUUCCCGCCACUUUGAAGAAGCAACAGAAGCCUCUUGGUCGUCCCAUGGGUGACCGUCCCCGUGGCCCACCUCGUUCUGAUGGAGAGAGGAGGUCUGGUGACAGAGAUGGUUACCGUGGAGGACAAAGAUCAGGUGGAGAGUUUGGUGACAAGAGUGGAGCUCCUGCUGAUUACCAGCCUUCCUUCAGGGGAUCCGGUGCUGGAUCUAGGCCUGGGUUUGGCCGUGGAGCCGGUGGGUAUGGUGCUGGUGCUGGUCCUGCUGCUGGAUCUGAUCUUCCUUGAAAGGGAAAUGUUAUCCUUUCUUGUUUCAUUUUUGGUUAAAAGGAUUUGAGAAGGAAUGUCUUUUACUCAACAUGAUUGUUUUUACGUACGUUAGAAUUUUAUAAAGGACGUCCAAUGUUUUGGAUCGUUACAAAAAAAUCACUCCUUCUAUGCCCUCUACUUUUUCAGAUUUGAAUGUCUGAUGGUUUCAAAUUGUAAUUCGGUUAUUUAUUUGGGGACUACGCAAAUGGUAUCUGCAAGAUUUUUAAAGAAUACAUUUGUGCAAGAUUCUUUUUAUUAAAUACUAAAGUCUAAUAUA